AUGGGUUAAUGCUAAAUGCGAGAUGAAAGGUAAAUUAUAGUUUAUAUAAUUGAUUUCAGGAUAUUAAUAUAUUGUCACACUUGGAACAAUAAUACAGGUGAUCUAUUUGAUUAUGAAAGUAUUGAUAAUUAAAAACAAUAAUUUACAAUCCAAAAUUAAGAUUCAUAUAUAAUAAGUAAUGAAGAGACACUUUAAUUAGUAAAUGAAAUACCUAAGGAGAAAAGGUAUUAAAGUUUUAUAAAUUUCUAGCGAAGUAUUAUUGUUUAUAACAUCUAAAAAUACAGUAGUAGCUGGAACAUAGUAAUAAGAAGGAAAUUCAACAGCUUUAACAAAUACUAAGUUCCCAUUUAAACUAAAAAAGAAUUGGUUAACAGUAAGAUCAGUUAAUAAAUAUCCAUUAAAUGUGAAUGAUAUUUUUAGACUUGGAAAAAUGACAUUUAGAAUUUCUAGUAUAAAUUUUAAUUCUUAAAAUGAAUCUGAAAUUUUGAAUCAUAGUAGAACAGAUUCUAAUGAAUAAUGUCGAAUAUGUUUAGGAAAUAAUUAAAGUUCGAAUCCUUUAUUGAAUCCUUGUAAAUGUAGUGGUUCUCUAAAGUAUAUUCAUUUAGAAUGCAUGAAGAGAUGGUAUUCCUACAAUAAAGACUUAGGCUAAAAGAAUUUACAUUGCCAUCAAGAUCAUCUGAAAAAAGUGAAACAUACUUAUGGAAAUAAUUAAAAUGUGAAAUAUGUUAAGAGUCAUACAAGGUAAUAUUUUAAAGUGAUGGUGUGACUUAUC